UUACGUCUGCUAGCCUUGGCCAGGAUUUCUACUUUUUAUUUUUAUCAUGCCAUCUACUUAGAUUUUAUUUAAACUUCUAUUUAUCUACUUAAUUGAAUUUGCUUCAGUAACAAAAUAAAUCACCUGUGCCAAUGCUAAUAUUUACUUUUAAUUUCAAGCUGUAAAGAUAAAUAAAUAAGAUAAAUUUUCUUCGUUUAGUUAACUUAUAAGUUAUCUCUUUCUUGUUAUAUAUUUUAUUGAAACUGUGAUAUAAGUAUAUCGGUCGCUGAUAAGAUCUUAUCAAUAUUUAAAUACCUCUUUCGUUGUAUUAUUAAAAGGAUUAUUUUGUAUUCAAAUAAUUCAUUUGAAUUAAAAAUGAGCACAUUUCUUCGCUAUUUUUCAUGUAGUGGAAAAGACAGAAUUCUUUCCACUUACAGACGUUACUCGAAACAAAAUUUUAAACCAUUUUAUGAGAGCUUAUUUGAACAUUCCCAAAACGUUGCUGUUUAUGAUACUCAUGGAGCCUAUAAAUACAAUGACAUUUUAUCUGCAAGCUAUUUAAUAGCACAAAAGAUCAAAAAAAUAUUACCUGCUCAAUCUGGUGAGCGUGUUUCUUUCCUUUGCACUAGUGAUGCUACAUAUGUAUCAGUGUUUUUAGCAUGCUGGAUCACUGGUAAUGCUGCUGUCCCCUUAUGCCCAAGUCAUCCAGCCGCUAUGCUAGAAUAUUAUGUUGAAAAUUCAGAAAGCAAAUUAGUUAUUGCCAAUGAAAAAUAUAUAGAUCCUAUGCAAAAUAUAGCAACAAAAUUAAAAUCCUCUUUUCUUUGUGUUGAUAGAGAUGUGUUUGCAUCAACAUCUUCCGUUAGUAAAUCAGAUUUGUUAAAAUCAGAAUUUUUUUCGUGGGAUUCUUCUUUCCAAAAUAAAAGAGCACUUAUUAUUUAUACUAGUGGUACCACAGGUCGUCCAAAAGGAGUUGUUUUAACUCAUGGUAACCUAUUCUCACAGAUAUCUGCUGUUGUCAAGAGCUGGGAGAUUGAUUCCAAAGAUUCAAUUUUGCUUUCUCUUCCUUUGCACCAUAUUCAUGGUAUAAUGAAUGGUUUUCUCUGUCCUUUAAGAUCUGGAGGUACACUAGUUAUGCAACCUAAAUUUGAUGCACCUGAAGCAUGGAAGUAUUUUCUUAACCUGGAUAGUACAAAACCUCGUGUUAACCUGUUUUUUGCAGUCCCAACCAUGUAUGCUAAAUUACUUCAAGAAUACAAUAACAGUGGUUAUAAUGAAAGCUCUUCCAGAGACAAGUGUUUAAAAACAAUGAGAUUAAUGUCAUCUGGUUCUUCUUCGCUUCCCGUACCAGUUUUUCAACGCUGGGAAAGUAUCACCGGUCAUACUCUGCUCGAAAGAUUCGGAAUGUCUGAAAUUGGUAUGGCCACUUCUAAUCCUCUGAGAGGUUUAAGAAUGCCUGGUAGUGUAGGUAAUCCUUUGCCUGAAGUGGAGGUUAAAAUUGUUAAACCUGGUGAAGCUUCUGAAUCAAGUGACUUAGUUAUAGGAAAUGAUAAAGAGGUUAAAAUACAACCUGGUUGCGAAGGGAAAUCUGGUGAGCUUAUGAUAAGAGGUCCUAAUGUUUUUAACGAGUAUUAUAAUAGACCAGAAGCCACUGCUGAAUCUUUUACAAAAGACGGUUGGUUUCAGACGGGUGAUACAGCAUGUUACGAAAAAGGAGGUUUUAAGAUACUUGGAAGAACAUCUGUUGAUAUUAUCAAAAGUGGUGGAUACAAGAUAAGUGCUUUGGAAGUGGAAUCUUGUUUGCUUCGUCACCCUGAUAUUAAAGAAUGCACUGUUUUAGGUAUUGAUGAUGAUGUUUGGGGUGAAAGGGUAGCAGCUGUUCUGAUGUUUAAUGAAGGAAAACACAUUGCAAAUGAUGAGCUCCGAGCUUGGUGCAAGAGUUACAUAGCAGGAUAUGCUGUUCCAACUGUCAUAAAAAAUGUGAAAGAAAUUCCACGGAAUGUUAUGGGAAAAGUUAAUAAAAAAGAACUGAGAAAAGUUUUUGAUUCACUUUAAUGUAAUAAAGAGUCAAAAAUUCUUAUUACUUUUCCGUGCCAUAGAAAAAACGAACAAACAAGAGUUAACAAAAAUUCUUGUUUCAGUUUAGUGUAAUUUUUAAUUGAGAUUUUAUUGAUUACCUCAGAUUUGUUGUUUGAAACAUAUAGAUGUGUUUAUAACUUUUGAAAAAUAACCAUUGAUUUGUUUGCAAUGGUAGUUUUUCAUAUUACUUGUACUUAAUUUUUUUUAAAUAUUUGCUUAUAGUAUAUUUUUUUAUUGUAUAAUAAAGAACAAUUAUUUUUUAUAAAGUUAAUCACCGAGAAUCAAUCAUCAGUUGUAUUUUAUAUGCUUGUUUCGAGGAAAGGUCCAUUUUGACAAUAUUUAAUUAUUGAUAGAUUUUAUGUUCUUAAAUUCUCAACUGAAAGCCAUUUUAUAUACUAGUUAUUUAACAUCAAAAUUUUGCACGAAAUUAUUUUAAUAAUCUUUUUUAAUGCAUUUGAUGCCUUAAUCUGGUUAUUUUUCUGUUCAAACUUCAUAUUACUAUUUAUUUUUAUUUACUUUUUUUAUGUAAGGAGUUUAUUAUAAAAAGUUUGCUUAAGAUGAUGUGGUGCUGUCUUUCUUGAAAGAUUCUCAAAAAUCUUUUCGGUUUUGCAGAUCAAUCAAAAUUUUUAAAAGAAAUUUUCUGAAUCUGUUUAGGUCUUAAACAUUCAUCAUGUUUCUUGUUUAUUACAUAGUUUUUAAAUGAAAAAUCUUUUCAUGUAAAAAAUUCAUAAAUUGACUUUUUAGAUAAAAACAAUAUUUUUAUCUAAAAAUAUU